GGUGGCAUCUCCACAGCCUACAAGCGAUGAGCUAUGCAUGUUCGUGAGGUGAAUUGGUAGAUCUCCAAUUGGCCAGCUCGCUGCUGAGCAUCGACUUCAGCCCCUGGCAGCAGAAAUAUGCGGUGCGGAUGGACGUCUCCUUCAGACAGGCCAUCCUGGUGGCCCUGCGGACGCUCCCUCCACCCGUGGGAUCAGCUUCACCCAGCCAGGCGCUACGGCAGCAGGAGCCGAGGCAGUGGAGGACGACAAGGGCGCGGUGAUCGCGGAGAUUCUCAAGGCAACGGAUCCCGCGUGUGGCCACGGUGCGAUCGUAGGGCCUGCGGCUGUCGCUGCCGGCCACGGAGCAGUUCAUUUGCUUGUCGCCCUCGAAGACGCUUCCAGCGCGGCUAAGCCUAGUUUUGGCCUGGUCAGCCAUGCCAUGGAGUACCAUCAGCUUGCCACCGGGACUGACUUCAACCUCAGCAUCACAUUGCACGACUUCUUCCUGUGUGUUCCGGUGUCGACCUCUUCAGUGGUUGACCGCAAGCUCUGGACCGUCUUCGAGCCCGGAAGCCAACGAGGCAUCCUGCGCCAAGAGUUGCGAGGAGAACUUGGAUUGUUUGACCUCAUUUCCAGGAUAUCAUGGAUGUUUUGAGGCUUGCAACGACCACAGCCACCACGAAGCAACUGCUGCCGCCAGUGGUAUAGCCUUGGCGGCCGGGAAUCGCACGCUGCGGGGGCAGCUGGCAGGAUGCAGGUUGCUGACCCCCAACGUCUCCAAUGGCAUCGAAUCCAGUGGUGCUUCCUGCACGGCACCGACGCUUGGGGCACCCCAAGUGAUGGAUGAUGAGAUCCAAAAUCACGUGCGAUCGUUGAGAAACCCAGAAGCCAGUGAUCGUGAAAAGAAGGAGGCUGCGAACAGUUUGGCAAAUUUGGCAGUGAAAGACCAGAACAGGGCAGCCAUCGCAGCUGCGGCUGGUAUUCCUCCGCUGGUAGCACUGGUCACCCGUGGCAGCGAUUCUGCCAAGGAAGAAGCUGCACGUGCUUUGGGAAUCUUGGCGACGAAUGACCAGAACAGGGCAGCCAUCGCAGCUGCCGGUGGCAUUCCUCCGCUGGUAGCACUGGUCACAAGUGGCAGCGACUCAGCGAAGAAAAAUGCAGCACUUGCUUUGGGAAACUUGGCAAGGAAUGACCAGAACGGGGCAGCCAUCGCAGCUGCGGUUGGCAUUCCUCCGCUGGUAGCAAUGGUCACAAGUGGCAGCGAUUCUGCCAAGGAAUAUGCUGCAGGUGCUUUGGGAAGCUUGGCAUGGAAUGGCCAGAACAAGGCAGCCAUUGCAGCUGCGGGUGACAUUCCUCCGCUGGUAGCACUGGUCACAAGUGGCAGCGAUUCUGCCAAGGAAGAUGCUGCAUAUGCUUUGAAAAACCUGGCAACGAAUGACCAGAACAGGGCAGCCAUCGCAGCUGCUGGUGGCAUUCCUCCGCUGGUAGCACUGGUCACAAGUGGCAGCGAUUCUGCCAAGGAAUUUGCUGCACGUGCUUUGGGAAACUUGGCAAGGAAUGACCAGAACAGGGCAGCCAUCGCAGCUGCGGGUGGCAUUCCUCCGCUGGUAACUCUGAUCACAAGUGGUAGCGAUUCUGCCAAGGAAUAUGCUGCAGGUGCUUUGGGAAGCUUGGCAAGGAAUGACCAGAACGGGGCAGCCAUCGCAGCUGCCGGUGGCAUUCCUCCGCUGGUAGCACUGGUCACAAGUGGCAGAGAUUCUGCCAAGGAAGAUGCCGCAAAGGCUUUGAAAAACCUGGCAACGAAUGACCAGAACAGGGCAGCCAUCGCAGCUGCGGGUGGCAUUCCUCCGCUGGUAGCACUGGUCACAAGUGGCAGCGAUUCUGCCAAGGAAGAAGCUGCACGUGCUUUGGGAAUCUUGGCAGUGAAUGAUCAUAACAGGGCAGCCAUCGCAGCUGCCGGUGGCCUUCCUCCGCUGGUAGCGCUUGUCACAAGUGGCAGCGAUGCUGCACAUGGUUUGGGAAACUUGGCAACGAAUGACCAGAACAAGGCAGCCAUCAUGGCAGCCGGCGGAGUCCAAGCUCUUCAGGAGAUUGCCAAAGAUGGCAAGAUGCUGGUGCACCGACAGGUGGCGCAGGAAGCUCUGAAGCAUUUUCCCCGCGAGUCCGACUCUGCAGAAGGCGGCACCAAGCUUGGCAGCGAUCCGGCGACAAAGCCGAGCACUAUUGUCUCCGCGGAGAAGCUUCGGGGUGAGAUGAGGACGCUGGAAGCUGGAAAUGAAGAGCUGAAGGCCAAAGCAGCCGAGCAGCUCGGAACUUGGGCAGCCGUUUCGGAUGAGAACAGGGUGGCCAUCAGCAGAGGAGGUGGACCUGAGGCAUUGGUGGCUUUACUGGUGACUGGCAGCGAUGAUGCCAAAUGGCAUGCUGCCAGGGCCUUACGAAAUCUCGCAAACAAUUGUGAGGCCAAGGACGUCAUCCUGAAGGCCGGUGGGAUUGCCACACUGGAGCCUGUUGUAAGGCACGGGAAAGGGAAGGUGAAAGAGGCUGCGGAUGAGGCUUUGCGACUUCUGUCUCAAAAGCAGGAAGCCAAGUCCAUCCAGGCUACAGGACAAGGAAAGAUUGCAGAAGCAGGAGACACAAUUCCAACUGGGGAAGGCACUCGGGUGGCCGUGUUUUCUGCCAGAUUCGAUGGAGGCCCGAUUGAACAGAAAAUCCGCAAAGUGUUCCAGAUUCUAUGUGACCGAAAAUAUGAUAUCCUGAUGGUGGCUGCAGAUGCUGGCGAAAGCUUCGGGGAUUUGACCACCGAAUACCUGGGGCGGCUGCACAAAGAACAUGGCACCAUGAUUGCUGUGUGUACCAAGCACUACGGCGAGAUGACUGCUUCUGCUUAUUCCUCCCACAAGGAGCUGAAGUUUGCCCUGGACUACGAGAAGUUUGUGAAAGUCUUGCCGCUCAGGGUGGAUGACACGUACCCACCAGAGCCACCAGGUUGGUAUUUGUCAAAGCCUAGCUGCCUGAGUGUUGAAUGAAGCUUGUAUUGCAACUACCAGGUUACUCUUAAUAAGUGAUGAAACCCAUUACUUACUACAUGUUACAUUUUUUCUAGAAAAGCAUGAGCAUCCCCAGAACCAGCGGGUGAAUAACUUUAGCUGCAGGGUUUGGGGAGUUGUUCAGGUGGGCCUGGUCACGUGUAUGACAAAGGGUACCUUGCUCGAGGAUAUAUUCUGAGUGUCUUCAAGCCGAGCGUUGUGUUCCUGGAAUGCCGGGAAAAUUCGGAAAUAGAAAUUGCUGCACAAAUUGCCAAUGUCCUCCAAAAGCACAAAGUGGCCAAGGACGGCUCAAGUUGACAUUCGCAAGGAUCAACCGUUUAUCGCAGUUUCACUGUGGUUUACCUUUUGCUUUUUCCGAAUCUCCAGAGGAGAUAGAGGAGCAUCGUUCACAACGG